UUGAAGUAGCUCCUAUGCAUUUCUCACGUGUCCUUUAGUAAUAUUUUGUGUCAGCAAAAUAUCGGCGCCGAAAUGCGUGAAUGUCCAGAAUCAGCAGAAUGCUAUUGUUUACACGUCUGUAACACAGUUGAUGCAAUUAAUUUCUUCACGGUAUAACGAUAACGUUGUGCCCAAAAGGUUGUCAAAUGUUGUUUUACUUUAUCAAGCCCAAUUGCUUCCCAGUUCCCAUGGAGCAGGAGCUGCAGCCAACCUCUGUGCAGUUCAUAUUCUUGUUAGGUACAUUUACACUCUACUUUUUGAUUGGAUGUUCUUCUCCUUUUAUAUUAUGCCCACUGACCAAUCAAAAAAUAGUAAUUUCUGUCCAAUAACAACAGAGGUACCGUAAUCCCUUAUGUUACUAGCAGCUUCAACACGCAUAUCUAUUGGCUGGCUGUCGUUGAUGCCUGUGUUACCUGCCAGAUGUUUCAGAUGUGGUCCUGCUCGGAGAACGGAGAUACGUCUCAUCGCAUCCUGCACAUAGCAGAAACUGGGGGCUUAAUGUCUAUGCAUUGUACAGAAUAUAGUUAAUCUGCAGACAAUCGUCACAGGUAAAUCAUUAUGGAUUUGUCUCGAGAUUCAUUUGGAAGAGGAGUUAGCAACGGAUUUCCUUUUGCUCCAAAGAAAACAAUCUCUCUUGUGGCAGAAGGUCACGGACAGCAAAUAUUAAAUAUAUUGCAGAGUUUCAGAGACCAGAAAAUAUUCUUUGAUUUUAUCAUAAGUGUGAAAGAUAAAUUAAUCCCUUGUCAUCGUUGUGUUCUAGCAGCAAGUAGCGAUUUUUUCAGAGCCAUGUUUGAAGUAAAUAUGAAAGAAAGAGACGGCGGAAGUGUUACCAUAAGCAAUUUAUCGCCAGAUGCUGUUAAAGCAUUUCUUGAUUAUGCAUACACUGGCCGAGCAGAGAUAACGGAUGAAAAUGUGGAUAUGCUCUUUCAAAUGUCGUCAUUUCUUCAGGUCCCACUGCUUUCCAAAGCCUGCAGUGAUUUUCUUAUCAAGAUAAUUGAUACAAACAAUUGUUUGCAGUUGUUGUCAAUAUCGGAAAGUUAUGGCUCGACCCGUUUAUAUGAUCAAGCCUUAGAGUUUGCACUGCAGCAUUUUUCACUGCUAACACAAUCAGUAGAUUUCUUGGAACUAAAUAUUGGCGUUCUGGAAAAGUGCUUACAAGAUGAUGAUCUGAAUGUUCCUGAAGAGGAAUUUGUGUUGACGGCGGUUCUUUUGUGGACUAAACAUAGUUUGGAAACAAGAGAGAAGUUUUUCUCGCAGUUAAUAAGCAAAGUUAGAUUACACCAAUUAGCCCAGUCUACUUUGCAAGAAAUUCUAGUCUCUGAGCAGCAAUUAUUAAAAAGCACAAACUGCUUGCCGGUCAUCGACUCUGCAAUAAAAUCCAUUAACGAUGCUGGGGGAUUAUUUCCUGAUGCACGUCUUUCUACAACAGAGAAAUACAUAUUUGUUCACAAAACUGCAGAAGAUGGGGCGGCUCAGCAUACUUUUUGUUACAACAUAAAAACUGAUAAAUGGUUGGAGCUUCCACAUACACAUAUUAUUGAUUUACCAGGGUCUAGCAUAUCUAGCUAUGGAGAAAAGAUUUUUCUAACGGGUGGAUGUAAAGGCAGCUGUUGUAGAGCAGUGAGGCUUCAUAUUGCUGAAUCGUAUCAUGAUGCUACUGAUCAAACAUGGUGCUACUGUCCAGCUAGCAAUAAUUCUUCCCUUGUCCCUGCCAUGAAAAACUCUAGAACGAUGCAUACAUCAGUCAUGGCCCUUAAACAAUUAUUUGUAAUAGGUGGAAAAACCAAAGGAGCACACAACGUAAGAAGUCUUCUAGAUGUGGAAUCUUAUGAUCCUCUUAGUAAAGAAUGGAAGUCUGUCAGCCAGUUACCAAGAGGAAUAUACUACCCAGAAGCAAGUGCAUGCAAAUCUGUAAUCUAUGUACUUGGAUCUGAGGUUGAAAUUACUGAUGCUUUUAAUCCGUCACUUGAUUGUUUCUUUAAGUAUAAUGCUGAGACUGAUCAAUGGUGUGAGCUUGUAGCAGAGUUUGGUCAGUUUUUCCAUGCAACUUUAAUCAAAGCAGUUCCAGUAAACAAUACAUUAUAUAUAUGUGAUCUUUCUACAUACAAAGUUUAUAGUUUUUGCCCAGAAACUUGUGUCUGGAAGGGGGAAGGGUCUUUUGAGUGUGCUGGUUUUAAUGCAGGAGCUGUUGGAAUUGAGGAUAAAAUUUAUAUAUUAGGAGGUGAUUAUGCUCCAGAUGAAAUUACUGACGAAGUGCAAGUCUACCAUAGCAACAGAUCUGAGUGGGAGGAAGUCUCUCCAAUGCCUCUGGCCUUAACAGAAUUUUUUUGUGAAGUAAUUCAGUUCAAUAAAUACAGGGAUCCGUGGGGUACAAGCCAUCUCUAAAUAUCAGUUAAAUGCUGCAUUUAAAAAAACACCUGUCAUUUUUACAAUGACUUAUUUUUUAUUACCAGUUCUAUAUUAUGUUGUGUUCUUGUAAUAUUUUAUAUUUUUAACUACUAGUAGCUCUGAAUUAAAGUGGAUUUAUUAUUGCAUGUAUCUGACUGAUAUUAGCUUUAAAUAACUGAUAGCCUGCAAAUGCUUACAAUAUUAGGAUACUGCUGUGCUAUAUAUCUAAAGUUUAAAAAUAACUAUACAUUUUUACAUCUACAAAAUAAAUGUUUGCAAAAGCCAUUAAAACAAUUAUAAACUCA